UGUACAUCUUUCUUCAGCCGCCAUCACGUUUCCAGAAGUCUCCGCGCCUCGAACUUUUCCCUCACUCUUGGAAACGAGGUCCCCAUCCGCGCUAAACUCAUGGCAGCCGAACGCAGCUUCUCGGACAUCUUCAUUGACGAGGAUCCUCAGAAAGCUCUGGAGGAACUUAAUGGGGCUUUGCAGGAAGAUUGUGAAAAUGCUGAGUGGCUUUGUCAGCGUGCCUACGCCCACAUACUCCUGCAAAACUACAGCGAUGCCGCUGAUGAUGCCAAGAAAGCACAGCAGCUAAAGCCCAGCCUACCUUUAGCCUUUAUGCGAACCGGAAUAGCAGAGUACCACCUGAGAAACUAUGAGUCAUCGCACGCAGCCUUUUCUCAGGGACUCCAGCUGGACGCGUCUGACAAGUCAUUUGAAGUCUGGAUCAAGCGGUGUCAGGAGGUGAUGGGCAAUCAGACUCAGAACAGUGACGUUAACACGACAUCAGCAGCUCCGCCUGCAAAGCGCGACUGGUAUCAAACAGAAUCUCAAGUCAUCAUCACAAUUAUGGCAAAAAAUGUUCCAAAGGACGGUGUGUGUGUCACCUUCAAAGAAAAAGAGCUUUCUGCAAAGAUCCAGCUGGCAUCUGGGGAGAAUUACAACUUCCACUUACAACUUCUGCACCCCAUUGUCCCCCAACAGAGCUGCUUCAAGAUCCUCACCACCAAGGUGGAAAUCAAGAUGAAGAAGACGGACGCCAUUAGAUGGGAGGAGCUGGAAGGAGAAGGACAGGAGGCCAGCAUCAAACACUUCAAUCCCCAUCAGUACCCCACAUCAUCGCACCACACCCGCAAAUGGGACGCGAUGGUGUCGGACAUAAACGAGGAGGAGAAGAAGGAGAAGCUGGAGGGGGACGCCGCACUCAACAAGCUCUUCCAGCAGAUCUACUCGGACGGCUCAGACGAGGUCAAACGAGCCAUGAACAAAUCGUUUAUGGAGUCUGGGGGUACUGUCCUGAGCACCAACUGGGGCGAUGUGGGCCGGAGGAAGGUGGACGUGACCCCGCCGGACGAUGUGGAGUUCAAGAAGUACUGAGCACCUCUUCUUCCUCUCGUGUCAUUUGAGCUGCUGCUGGACCUUCUGUUGCUCUUUGCUCCUACUGU